AUGCAUUCACUGCUUUCAUUCAUUGCCUUGCAGGAGUUUGCGCUGCAAAAGUUGAACACACUUGUUGAUGACUUUUGGGCGGAAAUCUCCGAGUAUGUGGAUAAAAUCGAGGUGCUGUACGAGGACGAGAACUUUCCCAGCCGCCACUUUGCCGCGCUGGUUGCCUCCAAGGUGUUCUACCACCUGGGCGCCUUCGAGGAGUCCCUAAACUACGCGCUCGGCGCCGGGGACCUCUUCAACGUCAACGACACCUCCGAGUAUGUCGAGACGACCAUCGCAAAGUGCAUCGACCACUACACGAAGCUUCGCGUGGAGAAUGCGGAUCUUCCCGAGGGCGACGGUCGUCCCAUCGACCCGCGUCUCGAGGGCAUCGUGGACAAGAUGUUCCAACGUUGCUUCGACGACCACAAGUACAAGCAGGCCAUCGGCAUCGCCCUGGAGACCCGCCGCCUGGACAUCUUCGAGAGGGCCAUUUUGCAGGCCACCGACGUUGCCGGCAUGCUGUCGUACAGCGUCAAGAUCUGCAUGUCGCUCAUCCAGAACAAACAGUUCAGAAACGAGGUGCUCCGGGUCUUGGUCAAGCUCUACAUGAACCUUGAGCAGCCAGACUUCAUCAACGUCUGCCAGUGCCUCAUCUUCCUGGACGACCCGCAGGCAGUGAGCGACAUCCUCGACAAGAUGGUGAAGGAGGACAACGUGCUCAUGGCUUACCAGAUCUGCUUCGACCUCUACGAGAGCGCCAGCCAGCAGUUCCUGACGGCCAUCGCGCAGAACCUGCGAGCCCUGGGACCCACGCUGCUCGCGACCACGCCGGGCUCGAGCAACGCGGGCACCGUCCCCGCCGCUACCGCUGCCGACACCACCACAGCCUCCGGCAACGGCACCAGCAGCGCAGUUGCCUCCACGGAGGGGGAAAUAGAGGCCAUGGAAACAGAUGAAAAGCCACCCACGACACCGACUCCUCCAAAACAAUCAGAAUUGUCGUCGGAACAGGUGGAGCGAACGAAGAAGAUGAUUUCCAUCCUGAGCGGAGAACUGUCCAUAGAACUGAAUCUCCAGUUCCUGAUACGAAAUAACAACACAGAUCUGAUGAUCCUAAAAAACACAAAGGACGCGGUGAGGAACUCUGUGUGUCACACCGCUACCGUCAUCGCCAACUCCUUCAUGCACUGCGGCACGACCAGUGAUCAGUUCCUCAGAGACAACUUGGAGUGGCUGGCACGGGCGACCAACUGGGCCAAGUUCACAGCUACCGCUAGCCUCGGUGUCAUCCACAAGGGGCACGAGAAGGAGGCGCUGCAGCUCAUGGCUACGUACCUGCCCAAGGACUCGUCGCCGGGCUCGGCGUAUCAGGAGGGCGGCGGGCUCUACGCGCUUGGACUGAUCCAUGCCAACCACGGGGGCGAGAUCACCGAGUACCUGCUGAAUCAACUCAAGAACGCCAACAGUGAUAUCGUCCGUCAUGGCGGCUGCCUGGGCCUGGGUCUCGCCGCGAUGGGCACGGCCAGGCAGGACGUCUACGAGCAGCUCAAGUUCAACCUCUACCAGGACGACGCCGUCACAGGUGAGGCGGCGGGUCUGGCCAUGGGCCUGGUGAUGCUGGGCUCGCGCUCCGCCACAGCCAUCGAGGACAUGGUGGCGUACGCGCAAGAGACGCAGCACGAGAAGAUCCUGCGCGGUCUCGCCGUCGGCAUCGCCACCGUCAUGUACGGGCGCAUGGAGGAGGCCGAUGCCCUCAUCGAGAGCCUAUGCCGUGAUAAGGACCCCAUCUUGCGGAGGUCAGGCAUGUACACGGUGGCGAUGGCAUACUGUGGCUCCGGCAGCAACAAGGCGAUACGACGUCUGCUGCACGUCGCUGUGAGUGACGUGAACGAUGAUGUCAGGAGAGCGGCUGUGGAGUCCAUUGGCUUCAUCUUGUUCAGGACCCCGGAGCAGUGCCCGAGCGUGGUGUCCCUGCUGUCGGAGAGUUACAACCCCCACGUGCGCUAUGGCGCCGCGCUCGCCCUUGGAAUUUGCUGCGCGGGGACUGGGAAUAAGGAAGCCAUCACUCUGCUGGAACCCAUGACGAACGACCCGGUUAACUACGUGCGACAGGGCGCGCUGAUUGCCUCCGCUCUCAUCCUCGUGCAGCAGACGGACGUCACCUGCCCCAAGGUGACGCACUUCCGCCAGCUGUACACCAAGGUCAUCAGCGACAAGCACGACGACGUCAUGGCCAAGUUCGGUGCCAUCCUCGCCCAGGGGAUUCUGGAUGCCGGUGGCCGUAACAUGACGGUGUCGCUGCAGUCGCGCACGGGCCACACGCACAUGCCGUCCGUGGUCGGCGUGCUGGUCUUCACGCAGUUCUGGUUCUGGUUCCCGCUCUCGCACUUCCUGUCGCUCUCCUUCACGCCCACGGCGUGCAUCGGCCUCAACAAGGACCUCAAGAUGCCCAAGGUUCAGUACAAGUCCAGCUGCAAGCCGUCGACGUUCGCUUACCCAGCCCCGCUCGAGGUGCCCAAGGAAAAGGAGAAGGAAAAGGUCUCCACCGCAGUGCUGUCCAUCACCGCCAAAGCAAAGAAGAAGGAGAAGGAACGGGAGAAGAAGGAGGAAGAGAGGAUGGAAGUGGAGGAGGCCGAGAAGAAGGACGAAGAUAAAGAGAAGGAGAAGGACAAGGAGGAGAAGAAAAAGAAGGAGCCGGAGCCGACGUCGGAGCAGCUGGAGAACCCGGCGCGCGUGAUGCCAGCGCAGCUCAAAGUUCUCAGCAUCGUGGAGGGCAGCCGCUACCAGCCCUUCAAGCAGCUCUCCAUCGGAGGCAUCAUCCUCCUGCGGGAUCUGAGCGAGGACGCCGAGGAACUGGUGGACACGGUGGCGGCGCACGGCCCCAAGCUGGAGGAGGAGGAGAAGGAGCCGGACGCUCCCGAGCCCUUCGAAUACGUGGACGAGUAGACGUCCGAUGACCGUGGAAGCUGGGAGGUCGCACCUCACCACCACGAGGGUGCGGUGUGCGAUCGAUUCGAAGAAUAAUCUGCAAAAGUUGUUUUUUUCUUCUGUUAAAGUUUUCUUUCUCAGUGUUCGUUCAUUUUUACAACUUUAAACCCCAGUGUAAAAGAUUGGUUUUUUUCUGGUUCAGUUUUGUGUAACUUCGGAAAUGACUCAAAUAAAAGACGUAACUUCA